CAGGGUCACAGAAUAAAUGCGCCGUUUCAUCUGUCAUGGAAAAACGUGAAAUAUUUGUGCAUGCUGUGUCUAAGGAGCUGAUUGGAGAAUUUUUGCAAUUCAUUCAACUUGAUGAAGAUGCUUCUGACCCUUUCAGCCUAAAUGAAUUACUAGAUGAAUUAUCAAGGAAACAGAAAGAGGAGCUCUGGAAGAGGCUCAAGACUCUGUUAACAGAUGUGCUGCUAGAAAGCCCCGUGGAGGGAUGGGGGGCCCUGGAAGCCCAGGGGGAAGGCAGUAUGGAAACAGACCGCCAUUCAAAAAUGAAAAAAACCCUAGAAAUAACCCAUGCAAUUACAUCUGUGAUUCUUGCUUCUGUGUCUGUCAUCAAUGAGAGUGAGAACUAUGAGGCCUUGCUGGAGUGUGCUGUUAUACUGAAUGGUAUUUUGUAUGCACUACCUGAAUCGGAACGAAAGCUGCAGAGCUCCAUCCAGGGCUUGUGCGUGACGUGGUGGGAGAAGGGCCUGCCUGCCAAAGAGGACAUGGGGAAGACCGCUUUCACCUUGCUGCUCAGGAAGAGCCUCCAGACGAAAACCGGUGCAGACAUAAGUCGGCUUUGGCAUGUUCAUCAAGCUUUGUAUUGCUUUGAUUAUAAUUUGGAGGAAAGUAGAGAAAUUAAAAAUAUGCUACUUGAGUGCUUCAUAAGUGUUAAUUAUAUCAAGAAAGAAGAGGGAAGAAGAUUUCUUAGUUCUCUCUUCAGUUGGAAUUCAAAUUUUAUUAAAAUGAUCCAUGGAACCAUUAAAAAUCAGUUACAGGGAUUACAGAAAUCCUUGAUGGUACACAUUGCAGAAGUCUAUUUCAGAGCUUGGAGAAAGGCUUCCGGGAAGAUAUUGGAGACGAUCGAAAGUGACUGCAUCCAGGUCUUCAUGUACCACGGGAUUCACCUCCCGCGGAGGUCUCCAGUGCACGCCAGAGUGCGGGAGGUGCUGAGUUACUUUCACCAUCAGAAGAGAGUUCGGCAAGGCGUGGAGGAGAUGCUCUACCGGCUGUACAAGCCCAUCCUCUGGAGAGGCCUGAAGGCCAGGAACUCAGAGGUUCGCUCCAAUGCUGCACUGCUGUUCGUGGAAGCAUUUUCUAUUAGGGAUCCAAACUUCAAUGCUAUUGAAAUGGACAGUGAAAUUCAGAAGCAGUUUGAAGAGCUCUAUAGCCUUUUAGAAGAUCCAUAUCCAAUGGUCCGAUCCGCAGGGAUCCUUGGAGUUUGUAAGAUAACUUCCAGAUACUGGGAGAUGAUGCCUCCGACAAUUCUCAUUGACCUCCUCAAGAAAGUGAUGGGGGAUCUGGCGUUUGAUGCAAGCUCAGCCGAUGUGCGUUGUUCUGUCUUUAAGUGUCUACCGAUAAUUUUGGAUAACAAAUUAAGCCACCCAUUAUUAGAACAGCUUUUGCCAGCCCUAAAAUACAGUCUCCAUGACAAUUCGGAGAAAGUGAGAGUGGCUUUUGUGGAAAUGCUCUUGAAAGUUAAAGCCGUAAGGGCUGCCAAGUUUUGGAAGAUAUGCCCCAUGGAGCAUAUUUUGGUUCGUCUGGAAUCAGAUUCCAGGCCUGUGUGUCGGCGCCUGGUGAGCCUCAUCUUUAACUCUUUCCUGCCCGUGAACCUGCCGGAGGAGGUGUGGUGUGAGCGCUGCGUCACGCUGCUGCAGAUGAACCACGCUGCUGCCAGGAGGUUCUACCAGUACGCCCACGAGCACACCGCCUGCACCAACAUAGCAAAGCUGAUUCAUGUGAUUCGCCAUUGCUUAAAUGCCUGCAUCCGGAAGACAAUCCGAGAGCGCCAGGAGGAGGACGAGGAGCGGGAGAAGGAGAACGUGAGUGUUCUGGAUAAAACCCUGUCCGUUAGCGAUGCUGCCUCCAUGGCAGGUUUGCUAGAAAUCAUCGUGAUUCUCUGGAAGAGCAUUCACAGAAGCAUGGAGAAGAACAAAGAGGCCAGACUCUACACCAUCGACAAGUUCGCCUCUGUGCUCCCUGAGUACCUGAAGGUGUUCCAGGAUGACCGCUGCAAGAUCCCUCUCUUCAUGCUGAUGUCCUUCAUGCCGCCUUCCUCCGUGUCCGCCUUCAGCUGCGGCGUGAUUUCCACCCUGAGAAACCAAGAGCAGGGGGCUGCGGACAGGAGCUACUGCACGCUGCUGGACUGUCUCUGCUCCUGGGGACACGUCGGGCACGUUCUGGAACUGGUCUGCGACUGGCUGCCAGAGGAGCCCCCCCAGGGAAAGACUAACUCAGCAUCUAAGCGGAAGGUUCAAAUCCAUGACCCACGCCCCUUGAAGCCCGAAUUGGCAUUGGUUUACAUAGAGUACUUGCUGACCCACCCAAAGAACCGAGAAUGCCUGCUCUCUGCGCCCCGGAAGAAGCUAAGCCACCUUCUGAGAGCACUUGGAAUGUCCAAGAUGGAUCUGGAAUCAAUUCUUCAGCCGCCUGGUGGGAAAGCUGAGUACUUCGGUGAAACGGCUGCCCUGCGAGCCUUCAGCCUGCACUGCCGGCUGAGCAUCCACCUUCAGCACAAGUUCUGCACAGAAGGAAAAGUUUACCUGACUACUUUGGAAGACACUGGGUUUUGGUUAGAAAGCAAGGUUUUAUCUUUUAUUCAUGAUCAAGAAGAAGACUAUCUGAAACGCCAUCGGCUUAUUUAUCAGCAGAUCAUCCAGACCUACCUGACUGUGGGCAAAGAUGUGGUGAUGGUCGGCCUUGGAGAUGGCAAGUUUCAGAUACAGCUUUUACAUUGGAGUCUCAGAAUCAUGCACACAGUGAAGGGAUUCUUUUAUGUUUCAUUACUUCUUGGCAUUCUAAAAGAGGUAACUGAAAGUUCCUUAAAGCAGAAAACAGAUUCAGACGAAGAAGUUGCAACGCUGUUUGAUAUGAUCCAGAAAGUCUUUCAGAAAAUGUUGGAGUGUAUGGCCUGGAGCUUUAAGAAGAAACCGGAAGAAGGCCUGCGGGUUUCUGAUGUAGAAGACCUUUCCCCCCCAGAGUAUCUUUCAGACCUGCCCCCAUUUUCAAGGUGUUUAAUAGGAAUAAUCAUAAAAUCUCCGAAUGUGGUCAGGUCAUUUUUAGAUGAGUUAAAGAUGUGUGUUACUUCUGACGAUAUUGAAGGAAUUGUGUGUCUCACGGCUGUUAUGCAUAUUAUUUUGGUUAUCAAUAAAGGUAAGCAUAAAAGCUCCCGAGUGAAGGAUGUUGCAGCUGCCGUUCACAGGAAACUGCAGACAUUCAUGGAGAUCACUUUGGAAGAGGACAGCAGGGAAAGAUUUCUCUACGAAUCAUCAUCAAGAACGUUGGGAGCAUUUUUGAAUUCAUAACCGAGCCAUCAUCUUUGGUUAUGUAAAAAACAGAGAAAAGGAACUUACAGGAAAUGAGAUGAAUAUGUAUUUCCCUCGUGUUUUUAAUAUUAAUAUCUCAUGUAAUGGAGAAGGUGGGAUUUGGGGAAGUGUGAGUAGGAAGCUCAAAGGUUUUUAAAUGUUUGCCUAGUGCCUGCCCAAUAAUACAGUUAAUAUAAAGGGCUCAGGAAAUCCGGGUGCAAAGAAAAAGACACCUUUCUAGCACACCUGGUUGUUUUAAAAUGCCACAUAUAUAUGUGUAUAUAUACUAUUGCUUGCAAACUGUAAUAAAGCAAAGAA